UAUGUAACGUAUUGAUUAAUUAUAUUCCGCGUCAUACAAAUUGCACCCCUGUUAAAAUGGGUUAUCAUCUAAAUACUCGAAUGUCGUUUGUAGAACAGUUCAGUUAAUUCGUGAAUGUGGUUGAAGACUAAGUUCAUGGUGAAACAUUGCCUGUAGGAAUGACUUCAGUAAAGAUAACCGAUCUUGGAAAUGCAUCAAUAUGUGCAACCGAUGUCGGCGGCUUUGUGAUUCCAGAAUUUAUGAAGACGCCUGAAGAGACGAAGGAAAUUUUCGAUAAAGUUCCAGAGUUCAAAUUUAAGGAUGGUGAUUUGAUGUUGUGUACAUAUCCAAAAACAGGUACAAACUGGCUGUAUGAACUACUUAUGAUGAUUUUAAGGAAGAGCUCUAAACCAAUAGAAGGCAACAAGGGGGAUUUAAUGCUGGAGUUCCAAUCUGUUGAAAAUCUCGACAAACAACCUUCGCCGAGAGUUGUUAACUGUCACUUGCCUUAUCGUUACCUACCGUUGAAGGACAUGAAAGCUAAACAGAUAAAGACGAUACUGUGUUGUCGUAACCCAAAAGACACCGCUGUGUCCUACUACAAUCAUAUGACGGGUUUAAAGCCGUACAAUUACGAGGGUAAAUGGAGCGAUUGGCUGCCUGUGUAUCUUCAGGGGAAAUUAGAGUACGGAAAGUACACAGAUUAUCUAAAAGAAUGGGAAAAAGAAAUACAAAAUGGCGUUGGAUAUCCCCUUCACAUCAUGUAUUACGAAGACAUGAAAAUCAAUGGAAUUGAAGAAAUUGAAAAGUUGCUGAAGUUCCUUGAUGUUGAACUAGAAGAAAAUUUGAAGAAAGAUAUACUACAUAACUGCGGGUUUGAUAUAAUGGUGAAAAAACAAAUUCCACCUGCUAUCAAAGAAAUGUUGUUCAAGUCAGAUUUCAGAUUUUUAAGGAAAGGUCAAAUUGGUGAUUGGAAAAAUUGGUUUGCAGAAGCCCAGAAUGAAAUGUUUGAUGACAUUUGGAAGAAAGAAAUGAGUGGUUCAUCUAUGUGGAAGUUUAAAUAUACUGACCCAAGAUCUUAGGAUAUUGAAUGAGAAAGAACGUCACUUUUAUUCAAGAAAAAUGUAUAUUUAUAAUCUGGCGUUUGACAUUUUUUACUAUUGUGUAGACGAACUAUUUGUUCAACACAAUUAAUUUACUUGUUCUUAUACAUUGUAUUAAAAGAUUAAGUAUAUUAGGCCUAUAAAAAUUGUGUUGUUAGGGUAAGAAGCUCACCAGGAAUAGGUAGGGUAGGUCGGACGUUUUGUUUGGAAAUGAGAAUCGUAACUGGGCCAGGAUGGCACAAAAGCAUAAUUUUUUACUCUUCAAACAACAACUUUGAUGUUACAAUUCUGAACAGUGUGAUGGAAUGUCCACACGCUGUUUUAUAAUCACAGACAACCUGAACCACCAUUUUUGUUACUGUGCUGCUAUAAAACCUGACAGUACCAAGUGAUUUUCCCCCUUUUUUUAACUGCCCAAAAUUUUCAUAUUAUGAAUGUUUAAAUGCAUUAAAGAUCAAAUUGCGACAAACAUAUUUUGAAAUAAAACAUUAACCCUUUUAUUCUUAAAUAUAAAAGAAUCAAACAUUCUAAAACAAUUACAUGCAGACAAAUGUAAAAUGUCCAAAAUGGGUAACACUGUACUACACAGAAGUGAUUGAUCAGAUUUAAAUAAUAAUUUUUAAAGCAUGACAUAUUAGACCAUUAUAAUGUUUUCUGUUUGAUUUACUCCAAACACACUCCUCCUUUUAGAAAACAUCCAUUUAAUAAUGACCAACACAUACUGACAAUUAUCACCAUCUCCACUAAUAUAAACAGUACCUAAGGUAUUUUAUAUUCAUAAACUACAUUUUUAGUGAUUAAUACACAUUUUGAUAAGACGUAGCAUGUUUUUGGUGACCUUUUUAAACAUAAAAAGCGGCAUCGCGAAAAUAUUUUUCUGCUGAAACAGUUACAAUUUUAGUUGUUGGUGAUUUAGCUUUAUAACAAAUCAAUUAUGUUUGUUAAUUACAAGAUUGGUGUCUAUCAGCCAUUUCAUUAGGCAUCGUACAACAAUAAAUAUUGGUCAAUAUCAAACAAAUUUCAUUUUUUUAAAUGAAUUAUAAGUCCUUGAGCAUCUAUUUGACUGGAAGUUAACGACAAAAGUCAUCAUACGAUAUUUCUGUACGGCAAAUUUGUAGUAUCUGAUUGGAUAAUUUUAUCGGCUAAAUUCUUCAAAUUUUUGGCGGACAUUUAAGAGUUCCUUCAUCAAUUUUAUGACUAAACAAUUUGUUAUCAAAAUGUUGAUGAAAAUUGUGAAUUUUCUUCAUGUUUUGUAAUUGUUUUUUUUUGUUGUUUUUGUUUUUUACAGACCUAAAAAAAAUUGUAGGGUCCGGCAUAUUUUUAGAUGGGGCAGGGUGACCUAAACAAAACAAUUUUUUUUUGCUUGAUAAAAAUAUUAUGGUACUAUUAAAAUUAAAAACGCUUAAUGUGAAUGUAAAUGUAUUUUAUUAAUUUAAGUAGAUUUCUUUAAAAUAUCUUUAUAAUAUAUAUUCAGUCGCCUUAUAAUCUUUACAGUUACGUGACAUUACACCAGUCAUCCCUAAUCAUCCUAAAUCACGAGAAGUGAUAAAAAACGAGAUAUGCUCUGUCAUUUUGUUCUAGUUUGUAACCUUUGUGAUGACUAACACUUGCAUGACUAUAUAUAAACAUGAUGGAAGUUAAAAUACAUAUUCAAAAGGUUUUCAUUGAUACUUUUAACAUAUAUUUUUAAUCAUAAUAAAUAUAUGUAUUCGGAAGUUAUUUUAGCAUGCCUUUUAAUUUAUCGACACAACAUUUCCAUCAAUAAGAGCUGUAAGUCUGUGUCACUAGUAAUUUUAAACUUAUCAAUCCCAGGUCUUCUCAAAUAUAAGAAAACAAGAAAUACUCGACUGACCAAGCAAUUGAUAACAUCAUAUUUGUAAAUUUAAAUACUUAAAAUCCACAAAUACUGCCGACAUUCUUCAAAGAUUAUUUUAAAUUUAGGUUUUUAUAUUUACUAAUAUUAACCUUUACCUACUUGUCGUAAAGCUACGGGUAUUAAACACUGUCCUUGUGCGAGGAAAAAUAUUUGAAUCAUCUCCGUAUUUGUGUACACUUUUGUUCGCAAUACUUUCGUGCACACGUUGAUUCGACUCACUAACCAAGAAUUUUUGUAGUACAUCUUUUUUCAGAUUAAAAUUAAAUAAUUCCGUUCA